GGUCCAUACACGAAGGGAAAAUUACUGCGUCACUGAAACGUAUAAAAAGGAAGUGGCCAAAGAAGGAAAGAAGCUAAGAAAUCGAUCCAUAUUGAGGCGCAUACAGUAAGGUGACAACCAUGUUUAACGCAUCGUUAUCGCUGAUUUAUCCUACGCUACUUUCGACGUUGACAGGAGCCAAUUCUACGGCCCUUGAGAAUGCAGAAGGAAACUUGCCUCUGUUCAAUCAGGAUAAUAGCCUACUAAGUGAUUUGGAGCAGAAUAUUCCACAUCCCUAUUUGGAAACGAUCACUUUCACGCUUUACACAAGAAAAAACCCUGAAAUUGGCGAGGUCCUAGUAUUAAACGACACAAGCUCGGUUCAAGCGAGUCAAUGGAACCCGAAAAGAAAAACCGCUAUAAUCACUCACGGUUGGGUUAACAGUGGUUCAAGUCCGUCGUGUACACUCAUACGCGAUGCACUUAUUAAGGUCACGAAUUGGAACGUCAUUGUGGUCGAUUGGAGUAAGAUAGCAGGAAACUUGAUUUACCCCAUCGUUGCAUACCACAUACCACUCGUUGCUCUCCACGUAGCUAGUUUCGUAAAUUUCAUGCGAACUGAGGCUGGUUUGCGAACGUCCAAGUUGAGAAUUAUUGGACACUCAUUCGGCGCUCAAAUCGCGGGCUUGAGCGCGAGGGAGGUAGGAAAAUCGAGCCGAGUGGCGGAAGUUAUCGCGCUCGACCCUGCCAAGCCAUUGUUUGAACUCAAAAAAGCCGGUGAUAGAGUUGAUAAAUCGGACGCAAAAAAUGUUCAAGUUAUUCACACAUGUGCCGGAACGUUAGGUAUGGGUAUCUCGAUUGGUACUUCAGACUUCUAUGCGAAUGAUGGAAGACAUCAACCAGGAUGCGGCCUUAACUUAUUGGGGAUUUGCGCACAUUUGCGUAGCUACGAAUUGUACGCUGAAUCAAUUACGAAUCCGAAAGGCUUUCUCGGCACACGUGCAGAUGGUGCAACAGCAUACAUGGGCGGUACUAUCCUCGAUCCUAAAGCUAAUGGAACCUAUUACUUCAAAACUACCAGUCAGCAUCCUUUUGCUCUUGGUGGAUAAAAUUAUUCUUCGCAUGUAUCUUGAAUAUGUAAAGUAUUAAACUCUAGUUGAGAAGUAAAUAA